AGCCGUUGGAAGCCGUUGGAGAGCUCGCGUCGCAGGGAACACUAUAUUGAAGAAUGUCUGGAAGUUUCUACUUUGUGAUAGUGGGUCAUCAUGAUAAUCCCAUAUUUGAAAUGGAAUUUCUGCCUCCUGGAAAAGUAGAGUCCAAGGAUGAUCAUCGCCAUCUCAACCAGUUCAUUGCCCAUGCUGCUCUUGACCUAGUAGAUGAGAACAUGUGGCUUUCUAACAACAUGUAUCUGAAGACUGUGGACAAGUUUAACGAAUGGUUUGUUUCUGCCUUUGUUACAGCUGGACAUAUGAGAUUUAUAAUGCUUCAUGAUGUAAGGCAAGAAGACGGAAUUAAGAACUUCUUUAAUGAUGUAUAUGACUUGUAUAUAAAGUUUGCAAUGAAUCCAUUUUAUGAACUCAAUUCUCCUAUUCGAUCCAGUGCCUUUGAAAGGAAAGUACAGUUCCUUGGGAAGAAACACCUUUUAAGCUGAAUAAAUAACGUUCCUGAGUGAGUGCUUUUUCCAUACUUUCCUGAUUAUUUGAACUGUAGUUCUGGUUAGUUCUCAGCAUGUUGGAUAUUCAUCUUCCUGAAGAUUGACAAAUUGGAUGCAGAAAGAGGCUGGGAUUUUUUUGCCGAUACAAAUAAGAACAGCCAAGCUUCUCUGAUUAAAAUGUGUAUCUUAAGAAGUUUCCUUUAUGUAUUAUGAAAAUUAAGUUUAAAAAUGUCAGGGGCUGAAUAGGUACAAACUGAGACAUGUGGGGUGGGUGUCAAUGCAUAUGCAAAAUGUAAGAAGCCUCUUAUACAGGGUGGGAGGAAAUUAGAUCUAAACACGAAAGACAUCUCCAGUCAUGUGAUUUAGUAUGAGCAAAAGGGGUUUGGCCUAAGUGGUUAAUUUUAUUAUAAACCUUUCUACUUACAGUCCUUCGCUAGAGAACUUACUCUGCAGACUAACCAGACUAAUUUACUCGUUGUGCUAUUAGAUCAGGUCUAUAUUAAUAUUGUAAUGUGUAAUGUAUGUAUUAUAAAGUGCUAAAUAAAAAGAAAAGAUGAUAUAUCAGCAAAGCUUCAUCUUCACUAUUUCAGGAAGUUUUGAGAGGUUUUAAAGGUUAAAAUUGCAAAUUUACCAGAUGUUUAGUGCAAUACACAUUUAGCUGCAGUGUUGCAUCAAUGAAAUUAAUUAAUAAUGCAGACCAGAACAACUAUGUCUGCCCUGACUUUAAUUCUAAUUAACACAUGGAAAAAACUAAACUAAAUUUACAUGUUUAAUCCCACUUCUUUCCAUUAUCUCUGCAAGUGCUGAAAUUUUCUUUUUGAAAAUAUAUUUAGGCUAAGAUCUUUGAACCAUGAAACUCUAUUUGUUGAGGCUUCAGAAAGGCAUUAUUUGGCUUGUCUGCCUGCUAUUCCGUUGCAAAAUGUAGUUAGGGACCCUUUUGCAAAACUUACCAUCAUUCCAAAAUAGUAAUUUUUAAAUGGGUCAUUUGGCAUAUAUAUACCUAAUAUUUUGGUUGGUUUCACAGUCUUUUAAGUAAGUAGUCCGUUUCCUUUUGCAGCAAAUCUGUAUAAACCAUUUUCUUGGACAGCAGUUCUAGGAGAUACUUUUUGCAUAGUCUGUGUAAUUAAAGGGACCACAUGUAUUUGUGCUUUAAAUGUAGAGUUAGUCAUUAUUUCUUUGUAAUUUAUGCUUGCUGCUAAAUUGUCACUGUAAAAUAUUCCACGAAAAAAAGAACACGAUAGAAAGGUUGCAAUAUUUACCUUAAAUAAAAGAUGGAAUGAUGCAGUA